GCGGGGCCUGCCCAUUUUCCUCCUCGCAGCAGUCAGUUGGGAGCUGGAGUGAGGGAGAGGGAGACGCCGGCAGCGAGCUCUGGGAGAGGAGUCGUGCGCCCUCCGCUUAAGGCGCCUUUCCUGGGUCCGAGUACUGACGGGGUCGCUGGGAGCAUCUAGGUGCCACCCGGACCGCUAGGGCGCAUCGCUCGAUCUCCCCCGGCUCUUUGGUGACUCGGCGGGGAUAGCACCUGGGGACGGCCCCAGACUGUGAUGGUCAGCGGUUGCAGCCGUCUGGCACGCGAGCGGGACACUGUAAGGGCACCAUGGCGCUGACGCCCCAGCGUGGGUCCUCCUCGGGGUUGAGCCGACCGGAGCUAUGGUUGCUGCUGUGGGCAGCCGCGUGGCGCCUGGGGGCCACAGCGUGCCCCGCCCUCUGCACCUGUACCGGCACCACCGUGGACUGCCAUGGCACGGGGUUACAAGCCAUCCCCAAGAACAUCCCAAGGAACACAGAGCGCUUGGAGCUCAACGGCAACAAUAUCACUCGGAUCCACAAGAAUGACUUUGCUGGGCUCAAGCAGCUUCGAGUGCUGCAGCUGAUGGAGAACCAGAUCGGCGCUGUGGAACGCGGAGCUUUUGAUGACAUGAAGGAGUUGGAGCGCCUACGACUGAACCGAAACCAGCUGCACGUGUUGCCUGAACUACUGUUCCAGAACAACCAAGCUCUAUCCCGACUGGACCUGAGUGAGAAUGCCCUCCAGGCUGUGCCCAGGAAGGCUUUCCGGGGAGCCACCGACCUCAAAAAUCUACAGCUGGAUAAGAACCAGAUCAGCUGCAUCGAGGAAGGGGCCUUCCGUGCCCUGCGGGGACUAGAGGUUCUGACCCUGAACAACAACAACAUCACCACCAUCCCGGUGUCCAGUUUCAACCACAUGCCCAAGCUGCGGACCUUCCGCCUGCACUCCAACCACCUGUUCUGUGACUGUCACCUGGCCUGGCUCUCGCAGUGGCUGAGGCAGAGGCCCACCAUCGGGCUCUUCACCCAGUGCUCCGGGCCUGCCAGCCUCCGGGGCCUCAACGUGGCAGAGGUGCAAAAGAGCGAGUUCGGCUGCUCAGGCCAGGGGGAGUCCACACGAGUGCCCACCUGCGCCCUCUCUUCCGGCUCCUGCCCAGCCAUGUGCACCUGCAGCAGUGGCAUCGUGGACUGCCGUGGCAAAGGACUCACUGCCAUUCCUGCUAACCUGCCUGAGACCAUGACGGAGAUCCGCCUGGAGUUGAAUGGUAUCAAAUCCAUACCACCAGGAGCCUUCUCUCCCUACAGAAAGCUGCGAAGGAUAGACCUGAGCAACAACCAGAUUGCUGAGAUUGCCCCCGAUGCCUUCCAGGGCCUCCGCUCCUUGAACUCCCUGGUCCUCUAUGGCAACAAGAUCACGGACCUGCCACGCGGUGUGUUUGGAGGCCUGUACACACUCCAGCUGCUGCUUUUGAAUGCCAACAAGAUCAACUGCAUCCGACCCGACGCCUUCCAGGACCUGCAGAACCUCUCUCUGCUCUCCCUGUAUGACAACAAGAUACAGAGUCUCGCCAAGGGCACCUUCACCUCGCUGCGGGCCAUCCAGACCCUGCACCUGGCCCAGAACCCUUUCAUCUGUGACUGUAACCUCAAGUGGCUGGCAGACUUCUUACGUACCAACCCCAUUGAGACUAGCGGAGCCCGCUGUGCCAGCCCCCGGCGCCUCGCCAACAAGCGCAUCGGGCAGAUCAAAAGCAAGAAGUUCCGUUGCUCAGCCAAAGAGCAGUACUUCAUUCCAGGGACGGAGGAUUACCACCUGAACAGCGAGUGCACCAGUGAUGUGGCCUGUCCCCACAAGUGCCGUUGUGAGGCCGGGGUGGUGGAGUGCUCCAGCCUGAAGCUCUCCAAGAUCCCUGAACGCAUCCCCCAGUCCACGGCUGAGCUACGGUUGAACAACAAUGAGAUUUCUAUCCUAGAGGCCACCGGGCUGUUUAAGAAACUCUCACACCUGAAAAAAAUUAACCUGAGCAACAACAAGGUGUCAGAGAUUGAAGACGGGACCUUCGAGGGUGCCGCCUCCGUCAGUGAGCUGCACCUGACUGCCAACCAGCUGGAGUCCAUCAGGAGCGGCAUGUUCCGUGGCCUAGAUGGCUUGAGGACCCUGAUGCUAAGGAACAACCGCAUCAGUUGCAUCCACAACGACAGCUUCACAGGGCUGCGCAACGUGCGGCUCCUGUCACUUUACGACAACCACAUCACCACCAUCUCCCCCGGAGCCUUCGACACCCUUCAGGCCCUUUCCACACUAAACCUCCUGGCCAACCCAUUCAACUGCAACUGCCAGCUAGCCUGGCUGGGAGACUGGCUCCGGAAGAGGAAGAUUGUGACAGGGAACCCACGCUGCCAGAACCCAGACUUCCUACGGCAGAUUCCCCUGCAGGAUGUGGCCUUCCCUGACUUCAGAUGUGAGGAAGGCCAGGAGGAGGUGGGAUGCCUGCCCCGCCCACAGUGCCCCCCGGAGUGCGCAUGCCUGGACACCGUGGUCAGGUGCAGCAACAAGCACCUUCAGGCUCUGCCCAAGGGCAUCCCCAAGAACGUCACAGAACUCUAUUUGGAUGGGAACCAGUUCGCGCUGGUUCCGGGACAGCUGUCUACCUUCAAGUAUCUGCAGCUUGUGGACCUGAGCAACAACAAGAUCAGUUCCUUAAGUAAUUCUUCCUUCACCAACAUGAGCCAGCUGACCACACUGAUCCUCAGCUACAAUGCCCUCCAGUGCAUCCCUCCUCUGGCCUUCCAGGGCCUCCGUUCCCUGCGCCUGCUGUCUUUGCAUGGCAAUGAUGUCUCCACCCUUCAAGAGGGCAUCUUUGCAGACGUAACAUCCCUGUCUCACCUAGCCAUUGGUGCCAACCCCCUGUAUUGUGACUGCCGCCUCCGAUGGCUGUCCAGCUGGGUGAAGACUGGCUACAAGGAGCCUGGCAUUGCCCGCUGUGCCGGACCCCCUGACAUGGAGGGCAAACUUCUGCUUACCACACCUGCCAAGAAGUUCGAAUGCCAAGGUCCUCCCAGCCUGGCAGUCCAGGCCAAGUGUGAUCCCUGCUUGUCCAGCCCAUGCCAGAACCAGGGCACCUGCCACAAUGACCCUCUUGAGGUGUACAGGUGUACCUGUCCCAGUGGCUACAAGGGCCGAGACUGUGAGGUGUCCCUGGACAGCUGUUCCAGCAACCCAUGUGGAAAUGGGGGAACCUGCCAAACCCAGGAGGGCGAGGAUGCUGGCUUCACGUGCUCCUGUCCCUCCGGCUUUGAAGGGCCAACCUGUGGGGUGAACACAGACGACUGUGUGAAGCAUGCCUGUGUCAACGGGGGUGUCUGUGUGGACGGUGUGGGCAAUUACACCUGCCAGUGCCCCCUGCAGUACACAGGAAGGACCUGUGAGCAGCUGGUGGAUUUCUGCUCCUCGGAUCUGAACCCAUGUCAGCAUGAGGCCCAGUGUGUGGGCACCCCGGAUGGGCCCAGGUGUGAGUGUGUGCCAGGUUUCACGGGUGACAACUGCAGCGAAAAUCAAGACGACUGCAGGGACCACCGCUGUCAGAACGGCGCCCAGUGUGUGGAUGACGUCAACAGCUACGCCUGCCUCUGUGCUGGGGGCUACAGUGGACAGCUCUGUGAGAUUCCACCUGCCCCCAGGAGCCCCUGUGAAGGGACUGAGUGCCAGAAUGGGGCCAACUGUGUAGACCAGGGCAGCCGACCUGUAUGCCAGUGCCUGCCAGGCUUCGGUGGCCCCGAAUGUGAGAAAUUGCUCAGUGUCAACUUUGUGGACCGAGACACUUACCUGCAGUUCACUGACCUACAGAACUGGCCUCGAGCCAAUAUCACUCUUCAGGUAUCUACAGCAGAGGACAAUGGGAUCCUCCUGUACAAUGGGGAUAAUGACCACAUCGCAGUUGAGCUGUACCAAGGCCAUGUCCGUGUUAGCUAUGACCCAGGCAGCUACCCCAGCUCUGCUAUCUACAGCGCUGAGACAAUCAACGACGGGCAGUUCCACACUGUUGAGCUGGUUACCUUCGACCAAAUGGUGAACCUCUCCAUCGAUGGCGGCAGCCCCAUGACCAUGGACAACUUCGGCAAGCACUACACGCUCAACAGCGAGGCCCCCCUCUAUGUGGGAGGGAUGCCUGUGGAUGUGAACUCAGCUGCCUUCCGCCUCUGGCAGAUCCUCAAUGGCACCAGCUUCCACGGUUGCAUCCGGAAUCUGUACAUCAAUAACGAAUUGCAGGACUUCACCAAGACACAGAUGAAGCCAGGCGUGGUGCCUGGCUGUGAGCCCUGCCGAAAGCUCUACUGCCUGCAUGGCAUCUGCCAGCCCAAUGCCACCCCAGGGCCUGUGUGCCACUGUGAGGCUGGCUGGGGGGGCCUGCACUGUGACCAGCCAGUGGAUGGCCCCUGCCAUGGCCACAAGUGUGUCCAUGGGAAAUGUGUGCCCCUUGAUGCCCUUGCCUACAGCUGCCAGUGCCAGGAUGGGUACUCAGGGGCUCUGUGCAACCAGGUCGGGGCUGUGGCAGAGCCCUGUGGGGGCUUACAGUGCCUGCAUGGCCACUGCCAGGCCUCGGCCACCAAAGGGGCACACUGUGUGUGCAACCCGGGCUUUUCAGGCGAGCUGUGUGAGCAAGAGUCCGAGUGCCGGGGGGACCCUGUCCGGGACUUUCACCGGGUCCAGAGGGGCUAUGCCAUCUGCCAGACCACGCGCUCGCUGUCGUGGGUGGAAUGCCGGGGCACGUGCCCAGGCCAGGGCUGCUGCCAGGGCCUACGGCUGAAGCGGAGGAAGCUCAGCUUCGAGUGCAGCGACGGGUCUUCGUUUGCUGAGGAGGUGGAGAAGCCCACCAAGUGCGGCUGUGCCCAGUGUGCAUAAUGUUCAGGUGGCGUACUAGCAGCUGGGCUGAGGUGCGGGCAUCACCAGGAUGGCGCCUGGGUCCUGGUGAGCGCCGGGACACUGAAGCUGCCUUUCCAGCAGACUGCACUGCCGGGGCAGAGGAGCAAGCAAGGCCUGAACCGCCGCGCCCUCUCCCAAAGUGCCUUGCACAGAUAGGCGCUUAAUAAAUAUUUGUUGAAUGAAUGUGUGUGUGAGGUCAGGCCACCGAGCGAGGCAGAAUGCUGGCACUCCUCUCCUCGCUACCUGGGACUGGAAAAGGGGGACUUAACCCUGCUCCACUUGCUUCUCCCUUGGUCUGUGACCCCGGCUGGACUGAAACAGCGUUAAUGGCCCAGUUGUUCUGGCCCCUCUGAGGACAGCCACCUCCCGGGUUCUGGCCUGCCUUCUGCAGCCACAUCCACUGGCAGGGCAGCAGGUCACUCUCCAGAAGCAGGCCUCCUGGCAUGGGGAAGGAACUGAGUCAUGUGGCUCACUGCCUCCACAUCUUGGGAAAGAGGUCGGGUUGGGGUGGGGUUGGAGGAGGUCCAGGCCUCUGAAUCCAUGAAGUGACCAUGAUAACUUCUAUGAGGGGUUCUUAGCUUGGGAUGACAGAGGUCAAGGGGUUCUUGUCUCUAGCCGAACAGCAUCGCUGGCUACAAAAGAGGCAUGGGCCCUAGCCAAAGGCUGUUGGUGCCUCUGGCAGGGGAGGGCUAGGGUGUGAGGAGCAGCUGGGUGAGGCCAGGGACUCCUCAGCUGGAGGCCUGGCUUGGAGCUUUGUACCGAGGCCAUAUGACCUUGUGGCUCUGGGCAGACUCCUGCCCAUUCCCGGCCCUAGGUCUUCAGCUGUGAAGCAGGGAGGUUGAUGGGAACCAUGUAGACACUGCCUCUCUGGUCUCAGGAGGGAGGCCUGAGGAGUUAGAAGAUUCAUUCGCAUUAACUUCAAUUAGCAGGUAUUCAUGUACCUAACCCGGUGUGAGUUCCAUGGGGGUGCAACCUUGUGAACUAAUUCCUAAGCACCACGGAGUGCCCCAAAUGGCCAGGCUGCAGCUCCUCACUCCAAGGGUCUGCAGUGACGGCUGCUUGAAGCCACAGAUACAUGGCGGGCUGACACAAACACUUCUCUUCCAAGCAGAGUGAAAGGUAGAAAGAUGAGGUUUGAUCCUAAUGGGGCUGCUGAAGGGAGAGUGUUAUACUUCCUCACUUCUCCCUGAGGCGGUGUAGCCCGGGUCUGUGUGGUGGGGUGGGGCGGGGUGUCUUUGUGGGUCAGAGGUGUGAGCAUGUCCCUCUAUUGGCUGCUUCCAUUUGGAAGUGUAGAUACAGAGCAUGGAAUGGUCUUAUACCCGUGUCCCCGCCCACGUGGGCACCAAGAGGAGCAUUCAGCGCUGGUGAGGACACUAGCCUCCCGUGACUUUAGAACUUGGCUCUCAGGCUAGCGAGACUCUGGGGUGGAAAGAGAGCCCUGCCCUGACCGACUGGUCCGUGUCCUCAUGACUGGGUACACCUUUUGCUGGCGGUGGGGGAGGCACAGUUUCUAGGCCCCGAGCAUAGAUCGGCAACUCCCCAAGAGGGCAGAGGCUCAGGCCUCUGAGGGGCUUUCCCCAACUCUGCCCAGUGUCUUUCUCUUACUACAACUUUCCAGGCCACUGUGGGACCCUGGCAAGCAGCUACACCAGGUUCCACAGAGAAGAAAAGCUUAAGCAUGUAGCAUCAUGUUCCCUUCUAGAAAUAGGUGUUCAGGCCUCCUCAGCCCUAUGGAGGUUACCAUCCCCAGCCCAUCACUGGAAAGGCCGAUUCCCGGGCUUGAGAGGCAUGGGCUGGCAGGUUUGCUCACACUGCUGGAGGUGAGGCCCCGCCGUCAAGUGAUGCCACCUUUCUCCAAGGUCUGGGGUGGAGAGUGAGAGUUGCUGCUAUGGUUUGCAGAGAUCCUUGUGAACAUGAAAGGCCCUUCCACCUCCCACCUCUGCCCCCCUCCAGUUUUCUGUUCAAUCUGAGGAUCAAGACUCAUUGCAAAGUGAGGGCACCCAUGGCGAGGGAGCCACGAGCCCCGGCUCAUCUUUACCUGUGAUUCCGUCGCUUCCUUGCAAGCCGGUGACUACGAGGCCUGCCCUUUGAGAAUCAUCUCCACACUGUGCUCCCCUUUGGUAAAGACCUUCAGUUUGCUUUGUGGUCACCACUGGCUGUUUCCAUUAGACAUGCACAGAAGAGACCCAGCAGGGCAAGUCCUCCAGGAGCUGGCACUGCUCACGGCCCAGUGACAUCGUUAAGAAAUGGAAAAGAUCGGCUUUGUUCCCUCUUUGUCUGCUGUUAGCCUAACCAUGAAAGUAUCUCUUUAUACAGAAUACUUACAGAUUCUAAUAUAUAUUUGUAUUUCAUUUUGUUAUAGUAUUUUUAUAUGUUAAAGUCAACCUCCAGUAUCUUUUGAUUUUCAGAUGCUAUGUAGCUGUGACUUUUUGUUUGGGGGUUUCCUGUAGUCUUGUUUGGGUCAAUUCCUAAAACUGGCUUAAAACAGUCCCUGAGGGAGCCACACGUGUCCUUUCCCCAGAAGUAUUGUUUUAGACUAUGUCAGUAUUGUCCCUUGUCUUCCAUGUGAACAUGACAUUGAUUCACUUCCUGA